AUUUUUGGUUUGGUAUGGUAAAGGUAUCACAACAAGGUGUUUAACAAGGACCGAGCGAUGGCGGAUGCUGACACAAGCGGGAGUGAACAGCCCGGGCACCUGGCCAUUCCGUGUGUGUCACUCGAGAAGCGCAUCGCCACGCCAAAUCGAAAACAAAACCUCUCGAGACCGACUCGGAAACCGACCAUGGACUUUUUGUAUGAUGACACGGUCUGUUAUAGUUAAUCAGAUUAAAGUUUCAGGAAACACGCGGUAAGAAGGAAAUUUAUAUACGUGAAAGUGUCUACUCUGGCGACCGGAAGCUGUCGUUACGAAUAACGGUACAUGCGCAUUUAUCAAGGUCCUCCCAGCUCAGUUCGCUUUAAAUGAAAACAUGGCAGAGGUAGUCACCAGGUGGGGGAGAAGAAAACAGAAGAACCCAAGGCGAAAAAACGUGGAAAAUGAAGAUCAUAUCGAUGACUCUCUCGCUACGGCAGUGGAGGAAAAGAUGGACACCCCCUCCACGGGAGUAGCAAAUGGUAACCAUGACAACGCAGUCAAGGAGAGCCAGUGCGAGGUGACAGGUGUGGAGAAUGAGACAUCGCCAGAACCAGAGACUCGGAAGGAGGAGGCAGCAGACACUCACCCCACACAGAAUGGUACAACUGAAGAAGCUGAAGAAAAACUUGAUAUCAGCGACAAAAAGCCAGUGGCCCCUCAAACCAAUAAUUCAACAUCAAACGAGGCAGACACAAUCAAGGAGUUCCUGGGUCGCAGUGACACAGUUGUCAUAUUCCCCGAGCCAGUGAGCGAUCUGGAAGAGGAACACGCAACAAGCAUUGAUGCUGUGAAUGCAGUGGAGGAAGAGUACACCCUCAAGUGUGUCCACUGCAGUGAGAGCUACCAGCGUGUCACCCUGCUUCGUGAUCACAUGAAGACACAGCACCCUGACAAGGAGAUCAAGUAUCAGUGUCCCAAGUGUGAUGAGGUCUUCCUGCUCAAGACACAGCUCGACAAACAUAUCGCACUCCACUCACCAACAUCCCAGAACUGCAAGGUCUGCAACAAGACAUUCGCCAAUGUUUACCGGCUCCAGCGUCACAUGAUCAGCCAUGACGAGAGCACUGACCUCCGCAAGUUCAAAUGUCCAGAAUGUGGCAAGGCCUUCAAAUUCAAGCACCAUCUCAAGGAACACAUUCGCAUCCACAGUGGAGAGAAACCCUUUGAAUGCCCGAACUGUGGCAAACGCUUCAGUCAUUCCGGAUCCUACAGCAGUCACAUGACAUCUAAGAAAUGCUGGGUGAUGAAUAUGAAGGGGAGACGCGUAGAUCGUAACGGCAACAAUGAGGGUGUCAUGUACUACCGCAGCCCGGGACAGACGUUCAACGACUCCCUCCAGUCCCCUCCCCCCGGGAGCUACCCACAGCAGUUCCUCAAGUAUGAUCCACGUAAUGCAGGACUCCCCAGCUACUUUUCCCCAAACCUAACCAGCUCUCCUGUGCGUCCUCUGGGUAUGGUUGCCUACAGUCUCUACCCUGACGGCAAGCCUUCAGGCCAUGUUUUACCUCCUCCCAAGCUCAGCCCUCCGACCAUUGAGUGCCCAAAGCCCCCACCAUGCAGCACUUCUCCUGUGUCCCGGGCUCCUCAGAUCUCACCGGAUGUCAACUCCAAUACCCAGCUGCUCAAUCUGGCUGCUUCCGAGAAGAAGGUUGAGGGACCAGAGACAGUUAAAGUGAAACAAGAACCGGAUGAAGCCAAUAAAGGAUCUCGAGCAAACUCACCUCAUGAGUCAGCCAAGUGUGAGACUACUGGAGAGUUCGAACACAAGACUAACAGCAUUGGGGAGAUGAUGUGUCGGUUCUGCAGCACUGGUUUCAAGAGUCCCGUUGAGCUGCACCAACAUGAGAGGUACCUAUGCAAGCUGAACAAAGAUAUUGUCCUACGGAUGGCCCACCUAGAAACCUCUCGCAGCUCUCCCAACAGUACUGUGUCCGAUGCAAGCCGCCAUCCCACUCCGAACGGGAGUGUUGGGGAUGAAGGGACGGACGAGGAGGAGGCUGAGGAUGGGAAGGAGGAGACUAACCAGGGAGACAAGAAGUACAGAAUGAGGUCACUCAUCAGCGAUCAGCAGCUUCAGUUUCUUCGCGCACAUUACCAAAUAAAUCCUAGACCAGGCAAACAAGAACUCAUCAAGAUUGCCAAUGAAAUUGGUUUCUCCAAGCGAGUUGUUCAAGUCUGGUUCCAGAACAUGCGAGCUCGUGACAGAAGAAAGGGUAAAGAUGUUCCCUACUUCCCCAACAUGGCUCGCUUCAAGGCUGCUGAUGAACUCCCUGUAACCACAACAGCCUCUGCCUACAUACCAGUUGUUCCACAGCCGUUUGCAAGUGCCCUUUCAGCCAGUCAGUCCUCAACACCCUCCCCGAAACUCAAUGGGCAGCUGACUUCGCAUUCCCUCCCACCGACUAUCAACAAACCUCAGACAUCUCUAUCCAACCAGGACCAGCCUCUUGACCUCACUGUCAAGCGUCAGCCUCCCAAAGCUCACUGCAACUCUACUCCUUCCCCAACACCUUCAUACAGUGAGGACCAAGCUCUCAACCUCAGUUGCAAGUCUACCAUUAAAGAAGAACCUUCCAAAGACUGUAAACCACCCACAUCGUCACCCCCAUCAUCAACCCGGCUGGAAGGAAGUUUCCACCAGUCUGCUAUCUUCAAAUACAUGCAACAAGAAGGUCUCUUCCGGAACAGUCUGUUACCCGAGAUUCCUAAAACAACCAGCUCAGUAAUAACAACCCUGUCUGGCUGGUCUGUACCAACCAUUCCGUCGAAGUCCUCUUCCCCGACCGCAUCUCGUCCCUCCCCAGCAUUGAGGGAAUUCAGCGAGGGAGAACAAAGGAAGAGCCCAUUGCAUGAGGACCAGGAUUGCUGUAGUUCAGAUUCCUCUUCAGACAGUUCUGACAGUCAGGAAGAAUCAGACGUAGCUGACAAUGGCCGACUUGUGAUAGACGAAGCAGACGAGAGGGGACUUGACAGGAGUUGUCUCCCUUCUAAGAAUGAUGCACUUUUCCACCACAACUUGAGAACCCUGGCAGAUGUGUCUUUGGCUCGAAUGGAAGGAGAACUGACUGUUGCGGAUCACCUUGGAAAAUCCAAAAGACUAAGGAAAAAAUCCUGGAGACAGGUGAGCCUUUUCAAGCCAUGUUUCUUAUGGCAGGUGGAAGCAGAGGAAGCUAACCUUGACCUUGACGAUUCUCUCAAUGGCGAUGACGAACCGCUGCGCAAGAAACGCAAGUCGUGGAAGAACCACAAGAUGGAUGUUGACAUCGGGAUGUAUGCCUGUGACCAGUGCGACAAGAUGUUCAGCAAGCAGAGCUCUCUCGCCAGACACAAGUACGAACACUCAGGUGCCCGCCCCUUUUGCUGCGAGGUUUGUGGCAAGGCGUUCAAGCACAAGCAUCACCUGACUGAGCACAAGCGUCUCCACAGUGGUGAGAAGCCGUUCCAGUGCAAGAAAUGUGGCAAGCGUUUCAGUCAUUCGGGCUCAUUCAGUCAACAUAUGAAUCACCGAUACAAGUACUGCAAGCCCAACGAUGGGGAGGAGGACUAAGGGAGACAACUCAGUAGAGACAGUCUUCAUGCAACUGUCUGCUGAAGCUAGCUUUCAAGUGUUCUUGCUGCCACACAUGCGAUAUGGCAACUAUUAGGCAAUAUGAGCAGAAUCUGAAAGGGAGGUAACUCCAGACGAGGACACGCAUUUGGAAACUGUCCAUUCCAUGGUCAUUGAGCCAUAGAUGAUAGUUGCUAGUUUUCAUCUAUUUUGUCAAAAGAAUAUUGGCAGAGAAUAUUUGCAAUUAUUUUUUACAAGGGGAGGUAACUGCGUAAUGGCAUAAUCAGGGGAGGCAACUAUGAAACUGCUGCAGUGGAUUGAGAGCAUUAUAGCAAUGUCAGUGAUAUGCAAUCGGACAUUUCCUUUGUUGUUACAGUAUUACAGUUUCAUGUAUUGUUUGGUAUUUAACCAAACGUCUAUGAAGUGCUCAUUGAUGUUACAGUAAGUAAUGAUGAUGUACCUGUUAUUCUACAAGCCACGAUCAAGUGCUUUACAUGCAACCUAUACUUAAUUCCAUAUGGGACCAGAUUUCUUACACGUUUUUUUUUUUUCAUCCAAUGUGGUUUUGAUAUUGUGGUGUGUUUAUGUGUUAGUCGUAUGUGUGUUGAAGUCUCAUGUGUAAUAGUCCGUGGUCUCUCCAGGACAUUAGGACCAAACAUAACCAGGGAUAUCAUUUGUUGGUGCCUAGUUUUGUAAGACAUCUUGCUGUUGAAGCUGAAUCGCUGUGUUGUUAAUGUUGUAUGUGACACUUAUUACUUGAUGGACAUACACCAGUUGAACGUUUAUUUCCUAAUGUCCUAGAGAAAAGCGCCACAUCUGCGCGACUACUUAACAAUGUAUUCAGUAUUCUAAAGGCUGCGUUGACAUCAGUUAUGUCAUCAACUCUUGUCAACAGCCUUGUCUAAGCUUCCCAUUUCUCACAAAGCCAAUUUGCCAUAUUUUAAAGCCAGCUAUUGCUGACAUAGAUUUAUUUCUAUUUAAGAGAUUAGAAAAGAUGUUAUUUAUGGGUUAGAGGUGUAUCUUAAAGAGCUUCCAUGACUUACUAGUUAGGAUGACCGAUCAGAAAUGCUUGUGCCAAUUCUUUAUUGUCUUGCCAGUGCCAACUGUUUUUACCCUUUGUAUGCGUCACAAGAUGUUUUGUGCCAAAUUGUCCUAGUCUUAAAGUUAUUUACAGUAUGCGCUGUGGUCAAGGGGAGAUAACUCAUGAAAAUAUUUAUUUACAUAUAAGCUUUUGUUAUUUAUUAGAUAGUUGUUGGUAAUUUAGGGAUCUAAUAUCCUUUGUUUUAUGAGUUAUGUAGUUUUAUUGCCAAGAUAUUCACCUUAUUUGCAUAAUACUAUGAAGUUGUCUCAGUAGCAUAAUAUUUGAAGUGCUGGUUAGUUGUCAGUCAUCAGUGUGAUCUGCUUGACCAUGGUGCAUGUAGGUGAUGUUAUAACGUGUACAGGGUAAAGCCUGAAACGAUGUCUUUACCGGACAGUAUUAUUCCGAAGCUUGGCCAACAAAAGAUGUCUAUUCGACAUCAUGUGCCAACCUUCUAUUGUCUUCCAAAUGAACGUGUGACUGCCUGUUCACUUUUCAUGUGAGGCUGUGUGUGUGUGUGUGUGUGUGUGUGUGUGUGUGUGUGUGUGUGUGUGUGUGUGUGUGUGUGUGUGUGCGUGCGUGCGUGCGUGCGUGCGUGCGUGCGUGUGUGCUCGUGCGUGUUUGAGUGGGUUGCUUAUGUGUGUCUGCUUAAGUGUGUGUGCUUAAGUGUGUGUGUAUGAGUGUUUGAGUGUAUAUGAUUGGUGUGUGUGUCUGUCACUGUAUGUUGCACGAGUGCCAGAAUGAGAACUAUGUUGAUUGCUACACAGUUUUGCAUACCUAUUUUACAAGAUUUUGUUUCAAUAACAAAUCCCCAUUUACUCUUAAACAACAAUUUUCUUUGUUAAUUUUAAAAAAAAUAAUUUUGAUAUACUGACAUUCUGAGUGGUAAAUAAAAAUUACCUCACGUUUGUUUUAAUCAAACUGCUUAUGAAUGAUGUUCUCAAUGCCUGAAUGACUGCAAGUCGAAUGCCUGUGUCUAUGUAUUUGUUGUAUAUAUAAACAUGUACCUAUUGCCAAUAGUUACAUGAAGAACAUGUACAAAAAUCAAAAAGAUGUCAGUUCUAUCAUAGAAUAAUAACAUGAUUACUGCAAUAGAGUAUUUAUAGCAAUUUAGUUUAGUGAGCGCCACCUUGUACUUAAAUCCUGUGGAGAAAUACUUAAUAUCCAAGCGUGCAAUAGGUCAGAAGUAAGUUUUGACUGCUGUAGAGAAGUAUUAUUUCUUUUAAACACUCAUGUUUUUUAAGUAGUCUCAUUUGUCUUGUGUAUUAUCCAUGUGCCAAAAUAAGCAAUACUCUACUGUGCGAUCAGUAUGCUACAAAUGUUUUGUUUCUGUAGUGCAAUAUUGGAGGUGAUGUCUCAAUCACAUGACAAAAAGUAUAUAUAUAAUAUACAGCUAUAUAUGAUGCAUAAUAAUGAAAAUAAUUUUUUUCUAUAUGUCUACACAUCCAUUAUCAGUAUUAAUGAUGUCUUCCCUGUAUUUAUGAAAAGAUUACACCAUCAUAUUGGCUAAUAUCAGUGCUAACAAGUGCCAACAGUAUUAAUCUUCCUUAAUCUUCCACAUAACAAUUAAAUCCACUGUCAGUUUUCGGUCUUCCAUUUUGCCAGCAUCUGCCAAACUCAUCCUGAAUCACAAGAUUCUUCAAAGUAUUGUAAGUGUUGUGUUAUGUAUUGUAUCAAUGUGACUGUUUCUUUAAAUAUUUUAGGCUACAAAAGCUGUUUGGUUAGGAAUCAACAAAUUGACAAGAUUUCAAAAUAUCAAACUUCAAAGUAGAUGUGUAAUCAAAUUUAACAUUUGUUUGACUAACAUUAAAAAAACAAAUGUAUAAGGCUAAAAAAUUCAUAGUUUUUGGUUCUCAGGUACCACCCACAUCAUCAUGAAGUCUGCCGCACGUUCCGUUUUUGUUUCCAUUUUCAAAUAUAAAUUUAAAAAAUCUUUAAAUAUUCCGCAUCUUGAGCACAUGACCCCGAAAGUUAAAUGCUACAAUACUUAAGAGCAACAUGAUUUCCCUGAAAUUUUUGUAAACAAAAUUUGGUUACAUACUUCUUGAAAAAAAACAAAAAAACACCGCCCGCCCACACAAUAAUUUCAAAAGCCAUUGCCUGAGAACCACAUUCUAUAUAUUUUUUUUAAGCCUAAACAUUAAAUCUAACAAUAACAAGAAAAUUGAAUUAUUUUGUUCAUAGCCAAGAAAGUUCAAAUAACCCAAUACUUCAAAGGCAGAUAACAGUCAUUGUGUAUUUUGUAACUGCUUAUGAUAAGAAGCAAAUGAACAACAGAAGAUUGUAGUUAGUAAAUGUAUAUUUAUUAAACAAACAAACAAUAUAUCCAAUAAUAACAAUUUCACAAAGUCGUUAUGAUAAUGUGCCGUUAUUGGUAAUAAAGUUUGAGAAUUGAUGUUUUGUUGAGAUGAGGAUCUAGUCAGCAGCUAAAUGAGCCAGAUUGUAUCACAGGAUGCCAAAUUUUUGUACAAAGAGAGUAGAACUAGUCUGUGUGAUGUGUGUGUGUGUGUAGCUGGCCCCCAUGCACUUGGUGCUGUAGCUGGGGACUGGAUGCUGUAUAAUACUCAUCCCCUUAGUGUUCUUCCACGUUUUCUGAUCGGUCAUCCACUAUAGAGAUUAACUACUUGUAUGUGCAAUCCUCUAUGGAAAGCCAAGAGGGACUGAACGAUUUACUUUCCAACAUUUGGUAAUAAAUUCCCUGUGAGAAUUUCAUUCAAAGAAUGAAAACUCAGGAAAUGGAAUUUUCGUUCAUUCUAUUUGCAGCCAUAGGAUUGUUACAUUCUCAUUGCAGUAUAUAUACUAGAUGCUAGAUAUCCUUGAGAUAUUCAUGAGAAAUCCAUGAGAUAUAAGAGAUAUUCAACUCGUCUACAGUAUUGAAUCCUAUAUCUUCCAGAUUUCAGCCGGAGGUUGAAACUAUGUACCAAAAAUACUCAUGUUGUUGUUCUGUUGAUACUUGUGUUUAAGUUGUGUUAUUGUGUUGUUUAUAGUUUAGGCCACUGCCUAAUAUUAUUUGUGUUAGUGUUUCUGUAAAUAUAUCAGUGUGUGUAUUGUCCUGGUAGUGCCUGUUGCUAUGGGUCUACUGUCAAGUUACAUGAUGUGCCUAGCUUCUCUAGUCAAUUGUCAGAAAGCAAAUGGCAACGUCAAAUUAAAAACCUUCAUGUAGCAUUCUAACGAAGGAAGAGUGUAGUCUUUAUAUUCAUGACCUUUCAUUAUGUUCAGUAUUAUAAAAUCAUGAACAAGGGAAAUUACAAAACGAGAUUUUGGGCAGACUAUGAAAAUGUUAUUCCCCCAUACCAAGCCAUCAUAUCUCAGCUUUGACGUGAUGUGUCGUUCCGUGUUAUACUAUAGCAAACAUUUUGAACCUUUUUGGUUCCCGUCUUGUGUCAGUCAGUGAAGUAUAAAGUCACUCGUUACAAAUAACACCAUUUUGAUGUUUGCUACUCUUUGUUGAAGAGUUAAAUCUUCAUGUGAUAAACUUUUUCUUGUCACGUGUGGAGUGUUGGGAUGUGUGUGCAUUCCGACCAGCGUUGUCAGGUUUUCAUCUGACAGGGAGUCCGUAGAACCUUGUCCAGUUCUCGUGCUGGGGUUGCUCAUAACACGCUGGACAGAGCGCAACUAAUCUGGGUGUAACGAUACGACAACACUGUCACUGGCCAUUCUGGUAACUGGAAGGUGUAGAGCGAUGUAUGGAGCAAUACUGAAGACAGGAGUUAUAUUAUUUUGUUUCAAAUUUGUUGAUACAAGACAAGAACAUUAAACCAAAAUUUUGAGACAAGAAUUAACCAAAAUUUUAAGACAAGAAUUAACCAAAAUUUAAAAAAUAUUUUUUUCUAAAAACUAAGUGCAUUU